AUGUUUUACCUGAAUUCCAUCUCUCUCUCUCUCUCUCUCUCUCUCUCUAUGCUUUAGUUCAUGUACUAAAUAAACAAAUAUCAACUGAUUUCUACACGUAUAGAUAGAGACUAUUACAGAGCUGAUGCAUGUUCAAUGAGACGGCUAAGACAUAAGAAGAAGAAGAAGAAGAAGAUAAAGGAAUAAUCAGAUCAAUAGCAAAGACAAUAUCUAUUUAUAUCAAUGGCCACAGAGACAAAAAGCGUUGUUGUGAAGGUGAAGCCGAGCAAUCAAGAUGGUUCUUCAAAGGGAAAGGUUGAUUACUCUGCUAUCAACAAGAAGAAGAUUGAGAGCUCUAGCAAGCAGCCUGUUAACUCAAAGCAGAAAUCUGUGACCACUACCACGAAAACUGAGGUAAAAUCAAAAACAAUAACAGCAAAGACUAUUACCAAAGCGAGGGUGAAGAAAGUGUACACUUUGACUGGCCAGAAAUACGAUCCCCCUGAGGAGAGGGAACCCCUGAGGAUCUUUUAUGAGUCAUUGUCACAACAGAUCCCAACGAGUGAAAUGGCAGAAUUUUGGAUGAUGGAACAUGGCUUGCUAUCCCCUGAAAGAGCUAGAAAGGCAUAUGAGAAGAAGCAGAGAAAGCAAAAGGAACUUCGUACGGGGACUCCGAUUAAAUCUGUAAAACUGCCAAGUAAACCUGAGAGUUCACAGAAGCAGCAGCAGGCAUCAAAGAAUGGGACCUUAAAAGCUAAAAAAAGAAUCAUUAAUGAGAGUGAUGACGACGACGAAUUCAUUCUAAGUCCCAAGAGAAGGAAAGGGUAAGAAGAAAAGCCCCCUCACCGUCUGUAUCAAUGUAAUCCUGAUUGUUUCCUUUACAUUUAAAUGCAAAAAGGCAAGUGUCCUGAAACAAUCUAACAAUUGAUACAUCAAGACAUUCAUUAUAUUUUCUAACUAACGGGAAUAAUGAGCAAAGACAAAUUAUAGAAUGUACUUAUAUUUGGCUUUUUUCAA